GACGUUUAUAUUCUAGUCGAUGCUUUGGACGAGUGCACGGAGAGCAAGAGGCUGUUGAAAUUCCUGGAAAACCUCCAUUCGUCGAACCACCCUAACCUCCGACUCCUAGUUAGCAGCCGGGCGGAAGCGCAUAUCACAACUUGCCUAAGUUAUUUGAAUUUUUCAAACAUCUCCCUGCAAACAAACUUGGUCGAUUACGAUAUUGGCCUCUACGUCGACAGCCGAUUAUCGAAGGACCCCAGAUGGCGAUAUCGUGACCCAGAUUUGAAAGAUUCAAUUCGGGAGAGACUGGUGAAGGGAGCGAAAGGAAUGUUUCGCCUGGUUGAAUGUCAAAUGGACAUCCUCGAACACUGUCGAAGUGUGGCUGCGAUCGAAGAUGCUCUAGAAACAUUGCCCGCCGAGUUGGAUGCGGUCUAUUCAAGGAUGUUACGGAAUAUCAGAAAGAGCGAUUGGACUGCAGCCGGACGGAUUCUCCCGUGGCUAAUCGCUUGCAAAGAGCCACUCCCGAUAGAAGCACUAACCUGCGUACCGAUGAUCUGUCUGGAUACGCAGACGGUCGACGUUGGGCGGAGGCUACUAUCAUCGCAAGAAAUUCUCAAUAUGUGUGGGAGCCUUCUGAAGCCGGUGAAUAAUGGCUGGGGGGAAGAGGUUAUCGUGCUGGCACAUUAUUCGAUCGAGGAAUACCUGAUUCGACUGCCUCUUCAGGGGUCGGGCCUUUCCCCGUACUUCGCCAUCCGCAGGCGCAAGGCGGAUUCAGAAAUAUGCGCAACGUGCAUCCUUAUGCUUCAAUGGGCCGAUUCCCCGGAUACUAUCGAGAGUGUCGCUGAACCCACAGAGGAAUCGAAUGGCCAGUCAGUUAUAGCCAAAUUUCUGAAGUAUUGCUCGAGAUACUGGUGGCAGCAUGCAUCAUCGGAAGAAGUACAACGCGAAAGGAUGCCUCUUAUCCGCAGUCUUUUGAGGGACCGCUGUGGGUAUCGUUCCUGGCUACGCGGCACCGUACGGGGGUGGGAACGCACAAAUAUACUCGGCUGUGACGACAAACACUGAUCAUUCAUGGAUGGAAGGGCCAUCACGACGGACUGCUACUGCGAUGCCACUGAGUUGUAUCUCGCCUCAUACCUCGGCCUAAAGGUUAUUGUUGCCUAAAGCCUCGAAAAUGGGCCAGCAAUAGACACG